AUGGCGGCGAUUGCGAGUGUCCGCCAAAAGAAAUUGCGGUCCUCGAAAGAGAAGGCUGCGCAAGAGGCCGCGGCCUCCAUUAUGGCGGCAGCAGCGGCCACCUUCUUGGAGUCGGAACCCGAGUCGGGUAACGAGGGGAUGAGGGCCGAUAUCGCCCGGCUAUCGACGGAGGUUGAGCGUCUCUCUAGGGAGAACGCGGAACUCAAGUCCAGCCGGGCCUCAGCCCUCGUUCAGUCCUCUCGUCCUGAAGAGACGCCUCCAGAGGUGAGUGCGGUGCAGCCGGCGGACAGGCAACAACUCCUGAGCCUGAUACGAGAGGGCAUCCGCCAGGAGAUCGGUGCCCUCUCUGCCCGGUUUGCGGUUCUGGAGGGCAUUGUCCUACGGCCACCUCUGGCGGGCUCCAAGAAGGCUGCGUCCUACGCGGCCGCCGCGGCUCCGCAACCCACGCCGGGGACGUCCGGCCUGACGAGCCAAAGCUCAGGGCCAUCCACGAGGCCAACGAAGCCGUCGUCGCCUCCGCCGCCUCCGCCUCCGGCCUCCCAGAGGACGCUCGCAGCCGAUAAGCCCAAAAAGGCGAAGGCUGCGCGGAAAGCGGCGAAGCCGGCGGAGCUGGCAGAGACGGCUCCCCCACCUACUCUCUUGCCUGCUGAUGAUGCCGGCUGGACAGUGGUGGGGGCCAAAGAGAGACCCGACGCACGGAGCGGCGGAAGGCGCAGCGGCAGCGCGCCAAGGAGAGAGCGUCGCCAAUAUGCUUCGCGCCCCGAAGUCCGCAGCUGUAGUCGUCACACUACAGCCGGAAGCGGUAAAGAAGGGCGUGACGUACGCGGACCUCCUUUCCAAGGCAAGGGGUUAAUCAACCCCGCGGAGCUUGGGAUUGCUGGGGGGUUGCGGUUAAGAGUAACCGCAACCGGAGCCCGGAAACUCGAGCUCCCGGGAGCCAGCAGUGGCCCGGCCGCGGACGCCCUAGCUGCAAAGCUACUUGCGGCGUUUGAUGCGGCCGAGGCUAGAGUGUCCAGACCCGUAAAGAGCGUAAGCUUGCGCAUAUCGGGUCUGGAUGACUCCGUCACGGUGGAGGAAGUGGUGGCCGCCAUUGUCGGGACUACGGGAUGCUCAGCUGAAGAGCUGAAGCCGGGAGCCCCACGUCCCGACUAUGCGGGUAUGCUGGCCAUCACGGUCAGCUGCCCCGUGACGGCGGCCAAAGUGGUAGCUGAGGGCCGGAGGCUUUUGGUGGGCUGGGUGUCGGCGCAGGUUAAGCUGCUCGAGCCCCAGCCUCUGAGGUGUUACCGAUGUCAGACCGGACAUCACGUCGGGGUAAGGUGUACCUCGGAGGUCGACCGCAGCGCGUUCUGCUUCCGCUGCGGUCAGCCCGGUCAUAAAAUCGGCUCGUGCAUCGCCGACAAGCCGCACUGCUUAGCCUGUGCGGCGGUUGGCAAGCCAGCCGAACACCGGGCGGGGAGUAGAGCCUGCGCCGCUCCCGCCAAUACCGGGGCAAACGCCGGCCCACGGCCUCCACUGCCGCUUCCGCCGCGGCUCCCGCUAGCGCUGCCGCUGCUACUUCUGGAGAGAGCGAACAUCAACCACUGCGCCAGAGCUCAGGAUCUCUUGCUCCAGAGCAUGGCGCGGUGGUCGAUUAAUAUCGCCGUGGUCUCCGAGCCGUACUUUGUCCCGCCCAGGAAUGACUGGGUGGAGGACCUGAGCGGCUCGGUGGCCAUCAUCGCGUCGGCCGCCGCCGGUACCCUGACCCACGAGCGGGUGAAGAGGGGCCAGGGUUGUGUCGCAGCUCGGUUCGGAGGGAUAGUCGUAGUGGGGUGCUACUUCUCUCCGAGCCGAACUCUCGCCGAAUUCCACAACUCCCUCAGGGAGCUGAGUGACGUCGUCGUCGAGUACGGUUCGCUUCCCGUCGUCGUGCUGGGGACUUCAACGCCAAGAGCCAGGCUUGGGGUUCCCGGUACACGGAUGUACGGGGCGAAUGGUUGA